GCAGCACCACAGUCGUGUUUCAGAGCUCGUCGGAGUCACAUCGUCUCUCUCGGAAAACAACAAAACAUAGUCACAUAGCAUUGUUGCUACCCCAAAUUGUAUAAAAAAAUAUAAAUUUUAAUUCACUAGUUCGAAUUAUACGUAAAUAAGUGUAAUCAAAAUGAGUUCAGAAAACAAAAAGAGUGAAGUGGAGGUCGAAAAAGUUGUCGCUGCUGACGAAAAAGCGGAAACCAAGGAAAUUAAAGGAGUCAAGCGGCCCGCCGAUGAAAAGACCACAGAAUCCAAAAAAGUGAAGAAAGACGAAAAUGGCGCGGGUGAAGAAGAAGAAGACGUUGAGGAUGAGGGUGAGGAAGUGGAAGGAGAAGAUGAAGAGUACGACCUUCCCUACGGUGAAGAAGAAGAUAUAGAAGCUGAAGAUGAGGAAGAGGAAGAAGGCGAUGAAGUUGAUGGUGAAGAAGAGGAUGAGGAUGCGUAAUGAUGAGAUACUAUGUAAGAGUGAGACUAAGUAAAAUAGGAAUAGGUGAUUUAUUAUUUCGAUUUGCACUAAAUAUGCAAAUAAUAAGUAUAUGCAUCCAUGAACAUUGUAAAAUUUGUUUGUGUAUAUAUUUUAAAAUCAACAAAGGAAAUCCUACCAUAGACAUCAUACGCAUGAAGGAAUAAUUUUGCUGAAAUUAAAUUUCUGUUUCAUGGUCCUAGGUCGUAGAGACACAGUCAACAGAAGCUUCAGUUUUGAGUGACUGCGAUUAAAGAGUUGUAUGUGCAACUUGGAUGCGUUCGAACCUUGCAUACAGUCAAGAAUUGUGGAUUGUAAUAUGCAGACUUCCAUUUUAUAUUUACCAUCGUGAUCAUGAGUAUUGUUGCAAUUAUUCGAGCACAAUUCAUUGCAAGUGUACCGUGUACAUUGUAAUGCAUACAUAUGCACGUUGAUAAGCUUCAACAUAUAUUCGUAGAAUGUAGAAGCUCAUCAAAACAUUCAGUUCGAAUAUCAACAGAAAAUCUAAUUAGGAAUCUUCAAAACAAUUGUGCUUAAUUUAUUAUGUGGAAAACUGAAGAGCAUUUGUAUUUAUUUUAGCCCUGUAUUUUUUAAUCGCGAUUAUAUAUAAUGUGUAUUAUAAUUUUUAGUAUAGAUCAAGCCAAACAAGACUUAUCUCGUGGAAGAAAAAACUGUUCAUAGCAAUGAUAAAGAUGUUUGGCCAUCUAUAGUGAAUAAUUAUGCAACAAUAUUCGGUACCAAGUUUGCAAAAUAUGAAUUGGAAAAUUGCAUCGAGAUCACCAAAAAAAGGAACUUAAGCAUAAAUGAACCACACGCAUUUCGUCAGCUCCCUCUUCAAAAUUACAACUUUAAUCUUAAGUAUGUAUGUCCGUGCAAAAGAUUUGUUGAAAUCAAUGCAAAGAUGAAGAUAACAAUAAAAUAAAAUAACUUACACAAAUUAA